UUACAUGAAACGAUGAGCAGGUUUAAUUCUUUCCUACUGACAGUUUUGUUAUUUGAAAGCAGAUACAUUCAUGUAGAAGGUGAAUAUAACAAUGUGCAUGAUUUGGAGCAAUUUGUUAAAGAGGAGUUUAGGCAUUUAAGAGACAACGAGAAAGAGUUAAACCACAAAAUUUCUACUCUUGAAAAAGAAAAUGAAGAUAAAGGGAGACAAAUAAGAAAACUUGAGGAAGAGUUAAAGUACCUGAAGAAGGAAAGAGAAUUGGAUCAGAGAACUCGCAGGCAGUCGAGAACUCUCGUUGCUUUUACAGCCUAUAAAUCUCAACAUAUUCACAAUAUAACAAAGGAACAAAAAAUUGUCUACGAGCAUAUAUUGCUGAAUGAUGGAAAUGCGUACGACAGUAACACCGGAGUAUUUACAGCACCAGUUUCUGGUGUAUACCUGUUCUCCUACUCAGUUGGGUCAAAGGCUAUCCCUGGAGUACCCCUGACUCAGUAUGACGUAUUUACAAGACUCGUUAUAAAUGGUGUGCACCAGGUAUCGGCAGUAGCAGAAAGUACUUCAAUAGAUGAUGAUGAGCAAGGAAGCACUACUGCUAUUUUGUUUGUGCUUGAAGGUGACACAGUCUGGACAAUACAUGAAUUAAAGGGAGGUAGUAACUUAUAUUCUGAUGAUAGUGAAAGAGUUACCUCCUUCACCGGAACGCUGCUAUACGAGAAACAGGUGUCCGGAAGCAUCAUUGGAUAGAUGAAUCCUUUAUUUUCUGCUUUUGAACAUAUUGAAUUUAUUUGGAACUCAUUUUCAGUAUAAACAUUAAAACAUC